AUGGCCAUUAUCUCUGUCGUUACCGGUCUCCUAGCAACGAGCGUUCUACUGAGUGCUGCGCCAUCUGGUAGCUACUGUGCGGCUCCUCACACCGAAUUCGGCAAUGGCUCGGUCAACCUCACCAUAACAAGCUCGAGAACCUUCGACAUCAGAGCUUCGUAUCGUCCUCGUCAUGGUCCUAGAGCUUGGGGGAGUAAGACCGGCGUUCCUUACGAGUACAUUCCAUCAACCGGCGAAUUCAAGCUCACAGACAUCACCAAGCUGCUAGCCCUGGCCAGUAACAUUGCCGCGCCAUUCGCCCCCCCGAUACUCACCAACUUGACAUUCGACGGGGCCAUACGGGUCAACCUGAGCGGCUUUGACCUUGGCAUUUAUCCUCUCUAUUCAUGCAGACGUUGA